UGAGCCCCCCAUUUUUUCUCUCCCCCCAGUAUCCAUACAUCGGAGCCAGCAUAUAUGUCAAGAAAUAGGGGGGAGAGAGAUAUAGAGGUCGGGGAAGGAAAUGGUGAAGUUUUCGAGGGAGCUGGAGGCCGAGCUGAUCCCGGAGUGGAAGGACGCCUUCGUCAACUACCGGCAGCUCAAGAAGCACGUUAAGAAGAUCAAGCUCGGCCUCCUCCGCUCCUCCCCGUCCCACUCCGAUGGCGGCGAUGCCGUCGCCCAUCCCUACUGCGGCUUCUCUCUUCUUAGUCCCCUCCGCGCCCUCGCCUCCCGUUUCUCCGCCCUCCGAAAUCAACACCUCCAGACGGACGAGGAGAAUUUGUACGAGAUGGAACUCGUUCGAUCAAGAGAAGACGAGGUCAAGGAGUUUCUCGAGAAAUUGGACGAAGAGCUCGAUAAGGUGGAGAAUUUCCACCAGAUCAAGGAGAACGAGUUUUGCGAGCGAGGCGAGAUUCUCAGAAAGCAGCUCCAGAUCCUCGUGGACCUCAGGCAGAUCAUCCUCCACGACCGCCGCCGCCUCCGCCACCGCAGCUCCUCCUCUCCGGCCUCCCCAACCUCCACCACCAGCGGCGCCUGUCCGCGUCUCAUCUCCCUCUCCUCCUUCUCCGAGAGCGAAGCGGAGACGGAUCCGGCGCCGCCGUCGUCGGGGGACUCGCCGGUGGCGGGCGAGGUGAUCGCGGCGCUGGAGAGGAACGGGGUGAACUUCGUCGGGUCGGCGCGGACCAAGGCGAAGAAGGGCGGGAAGCCGAGGGCGGCGGCAAUGAGGAUCGACAUUCCAGCGACGACCCCGGGGCGAACAAUCUCGGCCGUCACCUCGAGCAUUUGGGAGGACCUCGUGAAUAGCGCACGGAAGGACGGAUCGGGCGGCGGAGAUCAAAUCAACCGGAAGAAGAUCCAGUGCGCCGAGAAGAUGAUCCGAGUGGCCUUCGUCGAGCUGUACCGAGGACUGGGACUCCUCAGGACUUACAGCUCGUUGAAUAUGAUGGCCUUCAGCAAGAUACUGAAGAAAUUUGACAAGGUAACGAAUCAGAAAGAAGCGUCAGAGUGGUUCUUAAAGAAGGUAAAGAGAUCGCACUUUGUCAGCUCUGAUAAGAUGGUAAAGCUGGCUGACGAGGUGGAAACCAUUUUCAUCGAGCACUUUGCCAGCAAUGAUAAGAAAAAGGCAAUGAAGUUCCUCAAGCCUCACAAGCCCAACGACUCCCAUAUGAUCACCUUUUUCGUAGGUUUGUUUACAGGUAGCUUUGUAACUUUGUUCAGUGUGUACGCCAUCUUGGCUCACUCGUGUGGCAUCUUCUCUUCCACAACCGAACCUGGUUACGUGGAAACCAUCUACCCUAUUUUCAGUACGUUUGCGCUUCUUAGCUUGCAUAUUUUCUUGUAUGGAUGCAACAUAUUCAUGUGGAGAAGCACCAGAAUAAACCACAACUUUAUAUUUGAGUUCAAUCCAAGCAGUGCUCUCAAGCACAGGGACGCUUUCCUCAUCUGUACCUCCUUCAUGACCACAGUUGUAGGGGCUAUGGUCAUCCACUUACUGCUUCGGUCUGCUGGGGUCUCCCUACAGCAUGUCAAGUCCAUACCGGCAGUUCUCUUAUUGCUGUUUUUAGGAUUACUAGUCUUCCCAUUUGAUAUAUUCUACCGCCCAACUCGCUACUGCUUCCUGCGAGUGAUCCGCAACAUCAUGUUCUCACCAUUUUACAAAGUGUUGAUGGUGGAUUUCUUCAUGGCUGACCAGCUAACCAGCCAGAUCCCGCUUCUAAGGCACAUGGAGUUCACAGCAUGCUACUUCAUGGCGGGAGGCUUUAGAACACAUCCUUACGAGACCUGCACCCGUAGCCAUCAGUACAAGCUGUUGGCUUAUGUCAUCUCUUUCCUUCCUUACUACUGGCGCGCCAUGCAGUGUGCCAGGAGAUACAUCGAAGAGGGAUACGAUGCCAACCACUUGGCAAAUGCUGGGAAGUAUGUGUCGGCCAUGCUUGCAGCGGCUGCCAGGUGGAAGUAUGCAAUGGAACCUACUCCACCGUGGCUGGCUCUUGUCAUCAUCUCUUCCACUGCUGCUACCUUCUAUCAGCUGUACUGGGACUUUGUUAAGGAUUGGGGUCUUCUCGAUCCAAACUCGCAGAACCCAUGGCUAAGGGAUGAGCUCAUUUUAAAGAACAAGUGCAUCUAUUAUGUCUCCAUUGCACUGAAUUUCGUACUUAGACUUGCAUGGGUAGAAAGCGUGAUGCGCCUUAACCUGGGGCAGGUUGAGAACCGGUUGGCUGAUUUCUUGUUAGCUUCAGUGGAGAUCAUUCGACGUGGACACUGGAAUUUUUACAGGUUGGAGAAUGAGCACCUGAACAAUGUGGGCAAGUUCAGGGCAGUGAAGACCGUCCCUCUACCAUUCCGCGAGUUGGAUUCGGAUGGAUGAGAGGAAGUUGCUCUACUUAUAUGAGGUCAUUAUUCAACAGCACGUACGCGACGAGGAACAUAUUGGUGUUUGAACAAAUUAAUGAGAAGGGGAAAAGAGAUCAAGAUUAGCAUAUGCAUUUGUCUAGUGCUAUGUGGAAAUGAAUUUUUAUUUGAAUAGAUUUCAGUCUAAUUGUU